AUGGAAGACGAGUUAACUCUGCUAACCCAAUUGUUGGGAUGUCCUGAACUUCAUAAGUUGCUUAUAAAAGGGACAAUAGGUAAGUUACCUGAGCACACCCAUUUGUCUUCAAGUCUUACCCAACUAUCUUUGUAUAGAUCUGAACUUGAAGAAGACCCUAUGGCAACGUUGGAAAAGCUUCCUAACUUCAACUUGCUUGAGUUGGUGACAGACAUCUUUGCUGGGGAGGAAAUUGUCUGCUCUGCUAAGGGCUUUCCACAACUCAAAAGGCUUGUACUGAUUAAUUUAAGCAAUUUACAAAAGUGGAGGAUGGAUAAAGGAGCCAUGCCCAAUCUUUCUACUUUGACAAUCUUUUCUUGCGCCAGAUUGCAGAGGCUUCCGGAGGGACUGAAGUUCGUCACUAAUCUCCAAGUGUUGACAAUUGGGAAUAUGCCCAAUGAAUUCACGGAAAAGAUUCGAAUUGUAGACGGGAAAGAAGGAGAAGAUUUUGACAGACUCCCAACACAUCCCUUCCAUCAUCUUUUAGUGAAAUGA